GCUAAUUGUAGGACAGCCAAUAGUUACUUUCCUUAGAGAGGCCAAUGGGCGUCAGCCCAGGAAAGCUGCCAGGUUGACCUUUGAUUGUGUCUGUCAUACUUCUUUUUGUGAGACAUUGGCUGGUAAUGAGAUCACAAAGUUAGCGACGUGCUGGCAGGUGACAAUGCUGUAAGGUGAGUCCUGCAACUAUUUUAUAAUAAAAGUACUGGACAAAAACAAUGGUGCUAUGUAGGUUUAACUCAUUUUUCUUCCCUAACAGGAUGACAUGUAAAAAGCUGUCAACAAGGAUAUCUAAUAGUUAUGUCUUGCCGCUCCUUACUUUAGUGACAUACCUAUGUGUGAUGGUAUUCUAUUACAAUGGGGACAUGUCAACAGUAGGGAGGGUGGUCCGCGAGCAGGAGCUGAGGAAGACGGUGCUGAGAGACGCCUGCAGAGAAAACAUGGAGGCCUUUCCCCAAGAUAAGCAAAGCUCGGACAAACGUAUCGAAGCAGCGCUACAUCACCUCCUUGUCGAUGAUGAACAUGGCGUCAUUUACUGCUUUAUAAAUAAGGUGGCAUGCACUAAUUGGAAGAGGUUCAUGAAUGCACUAAGAGAAGGCGAACCCUACCCUGAUCUCAUGAGCAUAUCUCCCACAAAGGCCCACAAUCGAAGAUAUCUGCGGAGCCUUGACAGCUUCUCGAAAGUCGAGAUGGAGGCCAAGUUGAAGCACUACACCAAGUUCAUGUUUGUCCGUGAACCCUUUGUGCGCCUCAUCUCAGCCUUCCGGGACAAAUUCCUGUCGUUGGAUCAAAACUAUUACCAACGUUUAAGCCAAGGCCUUCUGCAUCGCUACGGCAACCUGUCUGACACCCCGCCGACUGUGGAGGAGGCGGUUGCGUUAGGCAUCCAGCCCACCUUCUACCAUUUUGUCCAGCACCUGCUGAACCCAAAGACGAACAGGCAUUUGUUUGACGUUCACUGGAGGCAGUUUCACGUCACGUGUCAACCCUGCUACAUCGAGUACGACUUUAUCGGGCAUCAGGAGACGCUUGAUGAAGACGCCCUGCAAGUGCUAACGUCCUUGAACAUGGAGAAGCUCAUCAAGUUUCCCCCGGCCUACCAAAAUGUGACGUCCCCUGCAUCAUUGUCGAAGUGGUUUAAAGAAGUGCCCCUGGAGGACAGGAGGAAGCUUUACGAGCUCUAUCAAAAGGACUAUGAGCUGUUUGGCUACGAACCACCUUACACUUUACUCAACGUCACACUAUAGAGGAGGAGCCUUUUUUGGGGGCUACUUGGUAAACUCUUGAGGACGUUCAACAUGGAGCACAGUCCUCCACCAAUGUAGUAAUCCUAAUUUGGUUCAAACCUUCAUAGAUAACUUCCGAUUACAUUAAAACUAGUGAUGCUAAACAAAUACACUAUUUAAAUCAGAUUAUUUACACUUUUGCAUUUUGACACACAUGAAAUUCAUACAGGAACAUAUUUUAAAUGUUUUACUUGAAAGUGCAUCGUUUAUUUGCACAAAACGUGGCAACAGUUUUAUUUAAAGUUCAGCCAGGCUGUAUUUUGAAGUGAAAUUUGCCAGUGAGCACACCAGUCGGAAUCUCCUCACUCAUAUUUGCCGUAGAGCUGACCGUAAAGCGGUUCUUCUCAUUUUUCAGUUCUUCGGUGCAAUGCCAGGGGACUGACUGUUGCUAAUGUUUAUUUACAAGUAGGGAUUUACAGUAAACGGUAUAAUGAUAAACCGCGGUAAAAUUCCCGACGGUUAGUAAUAGUUUACAUUUUUAAUUUGAGGCGCUGGGCCACUCGGGGCGGGGCAUCCCGCCUUUCUACCCGCCCGACGGUUGGUAAUACCGUUUGAAUUUUGAAUUACUGAAAAACCGUCAUUUAUUAAUGCAUUUUAAGCAACACCGCUUACUGCUCCCCUCAUCUCAUAGGGGGUGAUCAAGGGUGAUGGGUCAAAUGCAGAGAAUAAUUUCGCCACACCUAGUGUGUGUGUGACAAUCAUUGGUACUUUAACUUUAACUUUUAACUUCCUGGAAAAAGAGUCACAGCACCGCUGGAGCAUCCGCACUAGCAUCAUUUGGCUUGGAAAAUACAUGGUGGAACACAACACGGACUUUGCUACUGAGAUUUACUCUUGGAGUAAACAGAGCCGAGCUCUUGGUUCAACUUCAUUUUCCCUCCCUUAAAUUCUGUGGUGUCUCGGCGUGCGUUUAAGAUGGCGACAGGUGUGGACAAUAUUGGAGACAGACACAUUUGUCUUCCACUAAAAGUAUACAGCAAAGAAGAAAACCAUUUGAUGUUGCUUUUUUCUUCUCAUCACAGCAUCCAUCAGCUGUGACUGAGAGUUACUGAGGUGAGGAAACAUGCAGCAGGUGAUAAGUCGUGAACGUUGCCACAAUUUGUUUAUAAAGUCUGUAGUUUGUUUACUGGGAUGGAUGUGACUAGGAUGGCGGAAGUGGGGAUCGAACCUGGAACCCUCAAGUUGCUGGCACGGCCACUCUACCAACCGAGCUAUACCGCCAGUCAAUAGUAUAUAGCUAUAUAGUCAGUGAGCAGUGUUGGGUUAGUUACUGAAAAACAGUAACUAGUUACAGUUACUAGUUACUUUAUUUCAAAAGUAACUCAGUCACUAACUCAGUUACUUACACCAAAAAGUAAUGCGUUACUGUGAAAAGUAACUAUUUAGUUACUUCUUCUACUUUUUUUUUUUAAAGCUCCCAUUAAUGCCCUUUUAGCCUUCAUUUCAGUACUGUUAUUGCACUGGAGAAUAAUACAAUCUGUUGAUCAACUUGACAUACAUUUGCAUCACUGAACUCUGCUAAGCAAUGUGCUCUACAUACAACACACAAAGACAAAGAUAUGUUUCAAAGGGCCAAUUUAUUUCAGGCCAGAACAAAUUGACAAAACUAUUUUAAAUAGCUGCAACAUAACAUACAUAAGUAACAAACAGCAUAAUAAUACUAACACUAACACUAACACUAACCACGUUAAACCCAGAUUCCGAACUAAUAAAGGUCUUAACUCAUUCUCUUUCUAUGCCACUUCAAUAUGGAAUGCACUCCCAACAGGUGUAAAAGAAAGGGCAUCUCUAUCCUCCUUCAAAACCGCACUAAAAGAACACCUCCAGGCAACUACAACCCUAAACUAACACCCUCCCUUCCUCAUAAUACCUCUUCGGAUUGUAAAUAAUCAAAUGUAGACACUUUUUCUUAUACUUUCUGAUCUCUCUCUCUGUGUCCACUACUUGCUGUACAUAUCCUACCAAGUCAGUCCUACACUGUUCCAAUGUCCAUUUCUCUGAUGAUGCAAUUGUUGAUGACUGAAGUGUUGAUACCAACCAAACCUA